UUCCGAAUGUCACAAGGGCAGAGCAACCAGCAUCCAGUAACAGGGCUAGCAGUAGUGCAAUAUCACAAGAUAGCUUGUUUUCCAACCUAUACGUUAACAUUGGAUAUUUGAUGACAUGGAGCGAUCAGGCCCAUUUUAGUCAGUAAAAGGAUAACCAGUCUUCACGCAUGCAAAGAUGUUCGGUCGAUCCAGGAGUUGGGUUGGAGGACAGGGGAAAUCCAAAAACAUCCACUCACUGGACCAUUUAAAAUACUUGUACCAUGUCCUCACGAAAAACACUACUGUCACGGAUCACAACAGAAAUCUUUUGGUUGAAACUAUUCGCACCAUCACGGAAAUCCUUAUCUGGGGUGACCAAAAUGACAGCUCAGUGUUUGACUUCUUUUUGGAGAAGAACAUGUUUGCCUUCUUUCUCAACAUCUUGCGUCAGAAGUCCGGUCGAUACGUCUGUGUACAACUUCUUCAGACACUCAACAUACUUUUUGAAAACAUAAGCCACGAGACAUCACUUUACUACUUGCUCUCAAACAACCACGUAAAUUCAAUAAUUGUUCACAAGUUUGACUUCUCGGAUGAGGAGAUCAUGGCUUACUACAUCUCCUUCCUGAAGACCUUGUCCCUGAAGCUGAAUAACCACACGGUGCACUUUUUCUACAAUGAGCACACUAAUGAUUUUGCCCUGUACACGGAGGCCAUUAAGUUUUUCAACCACCCAGAGAGCAUGGUCAGGAUUGCAGUCCGGACUAUCACUCUCAAUGUGUACAAAGUGGACAACCAGCACAUGCUCCACUAUAUCCGAGACAAGACGGCUGUUCCCUACUUCUCCAACCUGGUGUGGUUCAUUGGGAGUCACGUGAUCGAGCUGGACAAGUGUGUGCAGACCGAUGAAGAGCACAAGAACCGUGGCAAACUGAGCGACCUGGUUGCCGAGCACCUGGACCACCUGCACUACCUGAACGACAUCCUCAUCAUCAACUGCGAGUUCCUCAACGACGUGCUGACGGACCACCUGCUCAACCGCCUCUUCCUGCCCCUCUACGUCUACUCGCUGGUCACCCAGGAACAGUCUGAAGAUCGCAAGAUCAGUGCCCAGGUGUCUCUCUACCUGCUGUCUCAGGUGUUCCUCAUCAUCCACUAUGAGCCUCUGGUCAAUGCGCUGGCUGACGUCAUCCUCAAUGGGGAUCUCUCUGUCUUCUCUGUGCAAGCCGAGCACAACACACACAAAACCUCGGCUAACGUGGGUGUGCGGCGCUUCGCAAAACCGCCCGAGUCUCUGGAGCGCUCGCUGGAGAUGAGCCGGCAGAAGGGGCGCAAGCGCACGCAGAAGAGACCCAACUACAAGAAUGUGGGUGAGGAGGAGGAAGAGGAGCGAGGAGGGGGAGGGGCGGACGAAGGCCCUGAGGAGGAGAAGGCUAAAGGUACAGAGGCUAGCUCAAAGGGCAGCAGGACGAGUGGGGACACGGAAGAGAUCGAGAUGGUGGUGAUGGAGAAGUGUAAGAUCUCGGACGUGAGCACUCUGACGGAGCAGAAUAUCACAGACGAGGAGAAGAGUGCUGCCGCUGCCGCCCGCGCCGAGGGACAGCAGAGCAGGCCCUUCCUUGACAUGGUGUACAACGCGCUGCACUGCACAGAGGACGACUACCAUGCCCUGUUUGUGCUCUGCCUACUCUACGCCCUGUCCCACAGUAAAGGUAUCAACCCAGCCCUCCUGGAGAAGAUCCAGCUGCCAGCCCCCGACCAGGAGAGGGCCUCCUACAGCCAGGUGCUCGUGGAGAGAAUCAUCCGGGUCAUGAGCCAAGCAGCUCAGCCAGAUGGAAAGGUUCGGCUGGCUACUCUGGAGCUGAGCUGUCUUUUGCUGAAGCAGUCGGUGCUGUCGAGAGGCCAGUGCAUCAUCAAAGAUCUCCAUUUGGCCUGUCUUGAGGGAGCCAGGGAGGAGAGUCUGCAUCUCUUGCGCAGAUUUUAUAAGGGGGAGGAAAUCUUCCUGGAUAUGUUUGAGGACGAGUACAGGAGCAUGACGAGUAAACCGCUGAAUGUGGAGUAUCUGAUGAUGGAUGCAUCGAUCCUGCUACCCCCCACGGGAACCCCCCUGACGGGCAUCGACUUUGUCAAGAGGCUUCCCUGUGGAGACGUGGAGAAAACACGCAGGGCCAUCCGUGUGUUCUUCAUGCUGCGCUCGCUGUCGCUGCAACUGCAGUGCGAACCGGAAACGCAGCUGCCCCUCACACGCCCCGAGGACCUCAUCAAGACUGACGACGUGUUGGAUCUGAAUAACAGCGACCUGAUAGCCUGCAUGGUGGUGAGUAAGGACGGAGUGCAGGCCCAGCGCUUCCUGGCGGUGGACGUGUACCAGAUGAGCCUGGUGGAGCCUGAGACCAAGCGGUUGGGCUGGGGGGUCGUCAAGUUCGCCGGCCUGCUGCAGGAUAUGCAGGUGUCCGGGGUGGAGGACGAUAGCCGUGCCCUGAACAUCAUCAUCCACAAGCCCACGUCCAACCCCCACGCCAAGCCGCUGCCCAUCCUGCAGGCCAACUUCAUCUUCGCCGACCACAUACGCUGCAUCAUCGCCAAGCAGCGCCUGGCCAAGGGACGCAUCCAGGCGCGCAGGAUGAAGAUGCAGAGGAUAGCUGCUCUCCUGGAUCUCCCGGUGCAGCCCUCCUCGGAGGUUCUGGGUUUUGGCCAGGCGGCGGCCGCCUCCUCUCAGCUACCCUUCCGUUUCUACGACCAGUCUCGACGUGGCCCUGCCGACUCCAACGCCCAGCGCUCUGUCUUUGACAAGGUCCCAGGGUUUGCAGUGGCCCACAGUGCAUCGCAGCACAGCCCGUCUCCGCUCUCCUCCCCCUCACCCCCCUCCAGCAGCAGCGGAAGCACGGGCCCCUGUGACUCCACCGUCACCACUAGUACCCCCUCCACAGACGAGGCAGCGUUGUCCGAGCGCACCCCUCCGCCCUCCUCCAGCGGUAUUGGUGGGGUGGUGGAGGAGGGGAGGAGCGAGGGCGAGUGCAACAACUGCCCGCCCGAGCUGCCGCUGACGGACCACGCUGCCCCUCUGCCUCCCCCUGCUCUCCCUGCUCCCCUUUCCCCCCCAGCAGCAGCAGCAGCAGCAGCCCUGCCCCUGGCCCUGGCCCCCAGCCUGACGCCGGCCGCCCAGCCCACCAUCUCGCUGCUGUCAGAGCCGCCCAGCGCCGAGGCCCUCAACGCCGACUCGCUCACCCUGCUGCCGCCCGCCGACCCCCCGCGCCUACGCAGCUUCAGCACACAGUCCUCGCUGCAGGACGACGCCCUCACUCCAGCAGCACCACCGACACCAACACCACCACAGCAGCCCGAUGACCAGGAGGCGGAGGCGGAGGCGGAGGCGGAGGAGGAGGAUGGGAAGACUGCGGAAGAUCCAGCAUCACAAAAGGAGGAGGAAGGAGAGGAGGAUGGAGAUGGGGAGAUGAAGGAGAAGGAGGAUGGGGAGGAGGAGGAGGGGGAUUCGCAAGCCAAAGAAGCCACCGCCUCCUCUAGCACAGACAAGGACUCCAAUGAGCAAGAGCCAGAGCCAGAGCAGGAAGAGGAGAGCUCCGAUGAGCCAGCAGAGGAGUCGACCCCCGUGGCUGAAGGAGAGAGUUUAGAGACUGUGCAGGAGGAGGGGGAGGCUGUGGGGGAAGCGGAUGGAGAGUUGCCCCCCUGAGUCUGCCGUACCGCCCACCACAGAGCCAGAGACUGGCGCCCCCUGGCCAUGAGCCCCAGGGUUACAGUAGGAACAUUCUGCUUCAGUCAGGCGUUUGGGCCUGGGGCUGGACUGCUGGAUUACAGAGAGACCAAAAGGACAGACUUAUGUACACACACAUACACACACACACACACACACACACACACACACACACACAGAUUUGAAUGUGCACACUUAGGCACACAAUACUUGUGCUCACACACACACACACACACACUCACACACACACACACACACACACUCGCACGCACAUCUACAAACACACACAUUAGCACACACACACACACACACACACACACACACACACACACACACACACACACACACGCUUCUUCAACUAAAACCUGUUGCAGCCUAAUACAGUAUGUACACAGACAUGUCAGUAGAAAGUAGUUCUGGACAACUCUUUAACUUUGGUCUAAAGUGGACAUUCUCUCUUUUCUUUCGAAUGCAUUUCAGUCCAGUGCUUAACAAAGGAGCUGCUCAGGCUGAACCAUUGUUGUCCGUGUGUGUUUCAUGUAAAGCACAGCAGUUUUGUGCGUGUGCGUGUGCGUGUGCGUGUGUGUGUGUGUGUGUGUGUGUGUGUGGGUGUGUGUGUGUGUGCUUGCAUUUCUGUGAAAAGGUAAGAAUGUAAGGAUGUCUCAAUGUACUUUUAUUUGUCGUAAGUUGUUAUUUAGUUUGCACAUGUUUGAGGGCUCACGUGUGUCUGUGAGUGCGUGAGUGCGUGCGUGCGUGCGUGCGUGUAGGAGUGAGAGUAAGCUAAAGGUAGUUAGUCCAUGCUUUACCAGUCUUAACACUGAAGAAUGUACUAUGACCCAUACCAUGGGUCUGACCAGCGGUGCUCUCAGGAGGGACAAUGUCACUUAACCCGCAUCACAACACAGCACUCCCCACCCCCCCAGACUCCCCAGACACCCCCCAUCCCACCUCCAAGGUUCUCCACCCCAGAAGCCCCUACACGCGGCCCGGCCGUCUUAACUGCCUGAGAUGGACCCACCCAUACUCACGUAUUCAUGCACUGAACAUAGGUCACACCACCUAGUUUGAUUUGUUUGUUGUUUAUUUGUCUGUUUGGUUUAAACUUGCUCAUGGUGGCCUGCCUCUGCUUUGGGUACUGCAUCAAAGAAACAGGAUAGAGAUUUUCGUUUGACCUACGCAUUUUUUUUGCCCUCAGAGCAUCUAAUGGUCUUUGUUUGUUUGGUUAGCAUAUUUAUACACGUAGCACUUGAGGAAAACACAUUAUCUCAGUUGACUUCAGUGGUUGGUCCCUCACCUCGUUUUUUAAACAUGCAAGUAUUGUUUAAGAAAGUAUUAAUAACACAGUAAUUAAGUGAAUGUUUUGAUUAAAAAUAAUAAUCCGUCCUGUUUUAGAUAUUACACACACACACACACACACACAAACACACACACACACACACACACACACACACACACACACACACACACACACACACACACACACACACACACACACACACACACACACACACACACAGAGAACAAGUGCACAUAUGCUGAGGAGAAUUCUUCAUCUUUAUGUUUUCAUUUCUAAAUUGUCUUUGAAUUUGUUUUUCAUUUGAGGCAUUACAACCUGAGAACUCAUUUGGUGUACCAUCUUGUAUAGCCAGCAUUCCCAAACAGGUCGUAUCCCGUUUUUAGACGCUUAUGGGCCAGUUUGAAGAGUUGUAUAUUUUCUUAGCUAAGGUGUAUCCGUCAUACUCCUUAAAAAAAUAUAUAGACUGAUGUGUUUAAAAAAAAAGUUCAGAAAUGCUUGUGCAGGCCACAUAACAUUAGAAAUAUUGUUACACUAUAUUAUUAUUUAGUUGCAAUAAUAUCUUGCGGCCACUGAUAGGAUUAAAAAAGGGCUCCCCUGCAGGAGUGAAUGUGGCCAACACAUGUUCUUGAGUAUGUGUCAUCACAUCUCACACCCCUUUCAGCUGUCUACGUAAGCUAUGAGCUAAAGGAAGUCCCCCAGGUAUUAUUAAUAAGCACCCACCCAAGUAGGUCAUUUUUGGGGGUAAGAAAAAAAUACACAAAACCUAUUUUGAAGCAAUACUGUCGUCUGUGUUCACUUUAACUAUAGGUUGUUUCUCCAUGAUGUGGUUUACUGUAAAUAAUGAUGAGAUUACAAAAAGAGAGGAAGUAGAUCAUUGACCAUGUCAUUUGUGGUUUUGAAUGUUUGUAUGCUGUGUAAAUUGCACCUGCUUUUAUUCUGCUUCUGUAAUUACCUUAUUGAUUAAACUUAUUAAGAAAUUGCAAUAAAUUAUUCUACUUAC